AUAUUGCUUGGUUUUCUCCCCCAACAAGAUGCUGCCGAGUGGAUUAGUAGAACUAUCAUCAGCUGAUGAUGUACUGUACGUCAGAGACGCUCUGCUACCUGGACGAUCUGACGCCGAGGCAACCUACGCCUUCACCAAGCACAUUGGGGACAGUCUGGGCUCCAUGGCAACACAGAUCAACUUUUUCAUUCACAAUUUGGCACAACUUAAAUUCUCGUCUCCUCAAGCUCCGCCCACUCUACUGACCUUUGUACCUCAGGCAUAUAGUAUAGAGACAGAUGGACGGAUAUCGUGUGCGGUGAUUGUGGCAUACUACAUGAAAUACUAUCCAGAUGCACAUGCGGUGUACCAAAUUCAAGUAACUAGACCCCAGGUUAGCAUGACGAUGCUCUUCCGUCGCUACCGUGAGUUUGACGAGCUCCAUUGUCGACUCACCCUCUGUUUCCCUGGCGACGAACUACCGGGUUUUCCCGGGAAAACCUAUAUACCCGGGAAAUCGAGAGCUCGUGAGACAGUUGAAAGACGAUUGAGUGAAUUGAACAAAUACAUCUCAUUGCUUCUGCGGAUGGAGGCUCGCAUUUCCGAGUCGGACGUUGUCUACACGUUCUUCCAUUGCCUCAUAAGAGAUGAACAAGAGAAGACGAGAAUGGAAGAAGAGAGUGGGAACGAGGGUGGAGCAGUGGCGGGAAAGGUCAAAGUUCACUUAAUGUACGACAGAAAGAGGGAGUCAUUGUCAGUGAUGAUCCGGCAUGUCACUGAUCUGGUUCCUAGGGAAGGCACCGACACUGCUGACCCCUACGUCAAAAUGUACCUCAAACCCGACGUUGCCAAGACAACCAAACAGAAAACAAAGAUAGCACGGCGAACCCUCCACCCAACCUACAAUGAAACUUUCACAUACAAGGUCCCCCAUCAAGCUCUGUCUGAAAGGUCGCUGGAACUCUCAGUAUGGGAUGCCAGCAUUCUUCUCAACAAACAAUGCCUCGCUGUGGCAACCGUUGACCUUUCUACUCUGCAGAGCGAAUUGACUAGUGGGUGUGGCCGGUGGGUGGAGCUUCACAGUCUAUCCCAGGCCCCACCCACUCAUUUAGAAAACACAACAUGACAAUUUUAUAACCUGUUACUGCGCAUGCGUGUGAUACAUCGUAAAUGUUUCUAAUUGAGGGAAAACUUUUUCGCGCGAAAUAUUGAAAACAAAAUGGCGUCGUAUACUCCUCCGAGGACGGUGGACGAGCCUUCGCUGGCCACGGCAAGCGGCAUCCUCGUCCUCCCUCUCCACGUCACAGAGGAGCCCACGACACUGCCCGAGACGGGCUCAUCGCUGGACCUGAGUAGUCUAAGUGGAGCCGACGAGAGUUUGGCCGACCUUCAGCCGGAGCUCGAGGAGGAGAGGGAGAGGAGAGGGGGCUGGGACGGUCUCCUUGAGGAACAGAAGAAGUUGGAGUUCAUGGCGUGUCUGGGUCUGGUUCCACCUGCGGUCCUGGAGGAGAUACACAGACGUCAGGACAUGUGCAAGUCGGAGUAUGGGAACUGGUGGGACCGACUCCACUCCACCGAUUUUUGUCUCGUUCCAAAGUCAGACUCUAGUCUUCAUGCACUGCACAUACUCAGCUGUGAAGGGGAUGUUGGGGAGGGUGUGAUGAGUGACUGUGGUGUGAUAGGGGGAGGAGGGGGAGGUGAAGAUGUCACACAAGUGACUCCGAGACCAGAUGCCGGAGCAUUAGUCGAACAAAUCACUUACCUCACUUCCUGGCCUCAAACCACGCCCCCUGAAACGGCUAAUUCCGUAGAAGUAAUAACUCAACCUGCUGUCCCUCAGAAUAUGGAGAGAAACGAAAUGACUGCUUUUUCCAGCGAAGAUACCAUCCUAUCUCAGUCUCUAAGAGACCAUUAUGCAAGUGUUCUAACAGACGAAGACCAAAUAAACGAACAUGUCCAGCUACAAAACACAUUGCAACACAUCACAACUUACAGAUGAAACCACGCCCACUUCUCAAGCCAGAAAACCACACCCACAUCCACCGUUACCAUGAUUACUGUUGCUAUGGAGUGGAUGCAUGAUUAUACAGACCACCAAAUACAUGGCAACAUUCAACUCACGAGAUAUAGUUAUUUUUAUAAU